CUGAAAACAAACUUAAGGAUAAAAAGCUAAAAUCUCUUUCUAGAGAGCUAGAAACCUGUUAUAAGACAUUAUCUCACCAGGGUUCAGCAAUAUUAGCUUAUGAAGAUGAAAUAGCAUCUCUUAAUUCACCAAUGGUGUUACUAGAACUUUUAAGAGAUAUUGCUAUAGCUAUAGACCGUGUUAAAUUAUAUGUUAAUGGAGAUAGAUCAUUUGACCCUAAAAUAUCUUGA